GCUAAACACGUGUAUGGGACCAAAACAAUUUGAUUUGAUUUAAAUAUGUGUAUGUGACAAAUACACAUUUAUUUGAUUUGUUUGUUCUUAUAGGUAGCCAGAUCGUGAUUACAACAAAACAUUUUACCACGCUGUCUUGUUACAUUGGUGAGUAAAAACUCAUGCUUCCUCAUACCCCGUCUGAAAAUAAAAUAUUAAUUUCACUCAACUGCGUUACACACUCCAGUGAGCAGAUGGCGAUGUCGGGCUUUAAGGCAAUGCUGCCAAUGUGACGUAUUAUCUAGUGGACGGGACGCUUCUUACACACAGCAACAGUUAGACAGCCACCUCCGUAGCUUGCUAGCCAAACCGAUACAGCUCGUUAGACGCUUUCGUGUAUAUUAGCCACUAUGUUUUAAACCAAUGUCUGUUGUCUAGUUAGUUAUCCCAUUUAAUGUAAUAUUUACUGUGUUGUUAUUGGUAAACUAGCUGGCUGGUUAGAUUAGCACUAUCCUAGCAAGCAAGCUGACAUCGCCGACCAUGACCUCACUAAGCUACUCUCCAACUAUUAAAGAAGAGGUCUGCUGGACGGAGAAGGAGGAUGCUGUUCGAGUGAAAGAAGAAGAGAAAGAAGUUACAUUAAAAGAAGAGGGAGACGCGUUCAGAGUGAAAGUGGAGGAGGAAGUUACUGUGAAAGAAGAGGAGCAAGAGGAGGAUGGAGUUGUCAGAGUGAAAGAAGAGAAUAGGGAGAUGACUGUCACAUCGAAAAAGGAGGAGGAAGAGGAAACUGGAUAUCUGGGCUCGGUUUCCCAAAGUGGUCUUAAGGCAUCCUAUGGUUCUAACGAUGAAUUUAGCCUUAAAAUGCGUUUGGGAAAAUCGGCCCAGAUUAACACUAGAGAGAGACUUGACUAUCGUGGAUCCUCUGUAGAGCCUCAACAAUAUCAUGAAGCUGACGAGGCAGAGAAGAGUCUCUCCACAUCAGAACACCUCAAGAAAAACCAGCGGAAACCCACAGGGAAGAAAUCUCACCGAUGCUCCGACUGUGGAAAGAGUUACUCAAGAUCAGAUACACUAAAGGUACACCAGAGAAUUCACAAUGGAGAGAAACCUUAUACCUGUGAUCAAUGUGGCAAGAGUUUUGUUACAUCUAGCCGUCUGACUAUACACCAGAGAACACAUACAGGAGAGAAGCCAUAUAGCUGUGAUCAAUGUGAGAAGAGUUUUGUUACGUCUAGCCAUCUGACUAUACACCAGAGAACACACACAGGAGAGAAAUCUUACCAUUGCUCUGACUGUGGAAAGAGUUACUCAAGAUCAGAUUCACUAAAAGUACACCAGAGAAGUCACACUGGAGAGAAACCUUUUAUCUGUUAUCAGUGUGGGAAGAGUUUGAAUGAUCCAAGCAGCAUGAAAACACACCAGGGAAUUCAGGCUGGAGAGAAACCUCAUUGCUGCUUUGACUGCGGGAGGAGAUUCACCCCUUCAGAGGACCUUAAAAAACGUCAGAGAAUUCAUACAGGAGUGAAACCUUAUAACUGUUAUCAAUGUGGGAAGAGUUUUACUGAAUCUAGACAGCUGACAAUACAUCAGAGAGCACACACAGGAGAGAAACCUUACCCCUGCCCUAACUGUGGAAAGAGUUUUGUUUCUUCAGUACAUUUAAAAUCACACCAGAGAACACACACUGGAGAGAAGCCUUAUAGCUGUAACCAAUGUGGGAAGAGUUUUACUCACUCAAGCUGCCUGAUGGUACAUCGGAGAACACACACAGGAGAGAAACCUUAUAGCUGUAACCAAUGUGGGAAGAGCUUUGUUACAUCUAGCCGUCUGACUAUACACCAGAGAACACACACAGGAGAGAAGCCUUAUAGCUGUGAUCAAUGUGGGAAGAGUUUUACUACAUCUAGCCAUCUGACUAUGCACCAGCGGACACACACAGGAGAGAACCCUUAUAGCUGUAAUCAAUGUGGGAAGAGAUACACUGGUAGAAAAUCUCUGAUUAAACAUCAGAAAAUACAUAUAUGAGGACAUUGUACCAUGAUUUCAAUUAAAUAAUGUCACAAUGUAGAAUGCUUUUAACAUUGUAGUAGGAGUAUUUUAAUGUCACAAUGUAUAACCCUAAACUUUUUCCCCCCAUUCUAUUGAUAUUAGCCUCAUAAGGGCAAAAAAACAGGCUCUGAAUUGAAAGAGCACUAUUUAUGUGAUUAACAAAGAAAGUGUUGCGUUACACUUACCGUGUUGGGACCCACUUGAAAAAAAAUGCAACACCUCAAAAUGUAGCUAGAUGUUUUUCAACAAAUUGUCCUCUAACCAGUGAGGUAAACAUUAUUCCCAGAUUCCAUGUGGUUUUUGAGCUGUUAGUUUUAACAGGACAUGUAACCUCAUCUCCCCCCUCUCGUGCAACUGAUUGGUGAAGCUGGUUGAGAGAAUGCAAAGCUGUCAUCAAGGCAAAGGGUGGCUACUUUGAAGAAAUUCAAAUAUAAAAUAUGUUUUCUAUAUGUUAUUUCAUAGUUGUGAUGUCUUUACUAUUAUUCUACAAUGUAUAAAAUAGUAAAAACAAAGAAGAACCCUUGAAUGAGUGGGUGUGUCCAAACUUUUGACUGGUAUUGUACGUUCACUUUUGGUUGACAGUGAAAGUUGAAAAUACACAUGUUUCAGUUUGUUAUUUCAAUGACUUGAAAACAACUUAAUUUCAAAAUACUUGCAGCUUAUACACAUGGACAGAGUAUUAAAAAAUUGGUCUAUUAACAAUUGUAUUAACAAUCGUACAUCACUCUAGUAUUUAUACACACUAUUUAUUUACAACAUUCAAGUGCUAAUUGUAUUUAUUCCUCUUCUGAAGAAGCGUGACUCAAAUCACCUACUCAUGUCAAACAUCCAGCGUGGCAAAAUAUAUAUAUUUCGUAUUAUUCCAUGCCUCACCAUUAAGGGAAUUAUUGCCAAUACCUAUCAACAAAGGGGUGUACAUUUGGUUAUAUAUAUAUAUAUAUAUAUGUCAUAUUUACAUUUCAUGUAACAUUUAGUCAUCUUAAUUAUUCAUGCAACCAACUUUUUACAAGUAUUUUCUUUACAAACAAUGGAGUAAAACAAACUUAUAUUUUGGGUUGGACAUUGCAUCCUAUUCUUAUUAUUUUAGCUAAUGGCAUUUCCUGCUCGUUAGUCUUUGUUUUUAUCUUUAUUCUUUUGUUUUUUAUCCUCUUAUGUUUGUUGUGUAGUAAAUAUUUCAGUUCUUUUUUUAUUUUUCUAUGAAGUGCAUUGCAUCCAUGUCUGAAAUGUGCUAUAUAAAUAAAGCAUAAGUUAAUUUUAACAUAUUGCUAAACAAAUGGAACCAAUGACCAACUUCACCCAAUCCAGUGCAUUUUUGUUGAAAAGGAAAAAUGUUGAAAUCAAUAAUGCGUCAAAGGAUUCAACUACUGAAAACUGAAACAAACAAAUGGAUCAAACAGAUCAAUCCCACUUUUCAAGCCUGCUGAAGGCCUGGUGGCAUGGUAAACACCACCCCGGGCUCUACCAGGGGCACACUUGGGGUGGUCUCCCACAGCUCUGCAUACUGUAUGUGGCAGUAGGUAGUACCAAUGCCUGACCUAGCGCCUGAAGACAAAAGUCAGACACAGAUUCCAAAUGAUGGUCAUUAAAUGAUUCCAUUAGGUUCAAUACAUGAAGUAAUAGCUUCAAAAUAGAUGUCUACCAUCUCUAUAAUGAAUAGGCUGAUCAAAAUAUAGCAUAGUCAUUUCGAGUUUCAAUAAUAAUAAAUCAGUUAUUUAUUGCUUUUCUUAUGUGCCAAAAGUGCCAAAACAGUGUGAGCCAGCAAUCUGUCUUUACAUUGAGCAUCACCCCUUACCUGCGAUAUCGUGAUUUGCCAAAAUGAUCAGUGACGCAAAAUCUGCAUACCUGAACAAAGUUCCUCGUUAGUCGUUGCACAGUCUUGAUAGCAUAGAGAUAGAUAGGCCUCAACUUUGUGUCAUUGUGGUAUCCGUGACCGCAUGGGCUGCGCCAUUGAGGCUUUACAACCCAUAGGAAUCCCCACCCAGUUGACAACUCUGACUAUUUUAAAAUGGUGGAAGCCCUCAAUGUCUCUGCCCCACGCUAAAACGGCCAUUUGGCCACUAGAGGCCUCUAUUAUUCUCUAUGGUUGACAGAUGCUGCUACUGUACAAUUUAUGUUACCUGCAUCUGUCCCUGAGUUUUCUCUCAUGGACAGAGUACAGCUGACAAAUUACGCAAAUUCUGGGUUAACCUAGAUUAGUUCAUGAGAAAUUACAAGUUCCAUAAACCAUGGUUCAUGAACAGAAAUUUGCAUUUUUGGCAACCGGAGGGAAAUGAUUGCCAAUUUCCUGGUUUGAUUUGUGUUUAAUGAGGAUGAGGGUGUGUUAAUGUCUGGAGCUCUCGUCAAACAUGAGGUCUGGGCCAUGUUGACAUUGAUGUGCUAUUGGCACACAGAAGCCUUGGGCCUCUUUCUCUGUUCCCACUCUCUUCCUCAAAUGCAAAACUGGUAACCUGGGAAAAAGGUCUGAACAGAAAUUUAUCACCGGGCAUUAAGUUUAUUAUCGAGGACCAUCCUCCCCAAAUGCUCUUUAUGGUAAGUAUAGGAGCAUCACAGGGCCAUCAGAGAUUAUUUAACAUCAGAUUGAAUGUCUGACCUUGUUAGCAACCUUGCUUGGAGAAAUCUGAAACCUAUUCCUGUCAAAUAACAACACAAGACUUACAAUAAGAACCACAUGGGAAGACUGCAUUUGAGCCCUAUUCAAUCGGAUAAGACCGCCAAUAUAUGUAAGGCGCUAACCAUGUAGUUUAACAUAGGGUACUUGCUGUGUGUUGCCCUAUACGACCUCCAAGUACUUCCAAAUAUCUGAGGUUUUCUGGACACUAAUCACACGAUUGGUGUAGCAGAUGCAACUGUUGGUGUUCGCAAGCAAAUAACUGUUAGGCCUCUUAGUGCAAUAAAUCGUUAUGCUUCUGAGUCAAUGGAGGUGUUUACUCUACUUACACAGUUCUAACAAUGCUCAAGUUUUAGCCCAAUUAUACUAACCGAGUAAUUGAAAAUCCACCACAGCUGUGGUUUCUGUAUGUGCUUGACUGUAUUACUGCAUGCAUGGUUAAUGAAUACCACGGUAAAAAACUUUUUAGCCUUUUGGAUUACGAUUGUUUUCCAAGUAGUCUUGUUAUCAAAGAUAUUAGAUGUAACCAUAGAUCUUGUGGCAAUGCUGAGAUGCUUAAGCAGUGUUGGAAUGUCAACAUUUCCAACACUAGGCUCAUUGAAUAGAGAGCAGGUAUGACAUCAGUAUACUUCUGCUUCAGUAUCUAAACACCAGCUGUAUACAGACAUCAUCCACCAUGCCCAACCUGUCUGUCCAAUAAUUGUACUUUUGAAUAUCGUGAAGUCAGUGUGGAAGAGGUGCAAGACAACAAUCAUUUUAUCUUAAAUGUGAGUCUACGAUAAAGUGUGUGCCCUCAGGCCUGGCGAGAAGCUAAAGUCAUU